AUGGAUCGCCACGACCGGACCAGCGUGUCCCCAGAGCCAGGUGACGAGAAGAUGCCCAAAGAGGUCCACUUAGAAGAGGCUGCUCCCGACAUUGUGGUGCCUCCUACUGGAGAACAGUCCCAGUCCGAGAAGAAACUCGUCCGAAAGACAGAUUUUGUCGUCUGUAUGAUGUUCGGAUUAUCAUACUUUUUUGCCUACUUGGAUCGUGGUGCUAUCGGCAAUGCUCGAAUCAUGGGUCUCCAGCAAGAUCUUGGCCUUUCCGACGAUCGUUUCUUCAACUGCAUUCUGAUUUUCUUCAUUGGGUACGCGGUUUUCGAAGGCCCUGCGUUUUAUUUGAUUCGUGUCUUCCACGCUCCAACUGUGUAUGCCAUAUCUGCUCUUAUCUUUGGCGUCUCCGCACUCCUUACUGCCUACGCCAAAACAUAUGCCCAUCUUCUUGUCCUGAGAUUAUUUAUGGGCUUCGGAGAAGCAACAGUGCAGACGGGGUUCGUGUACGUGUCCCUCUGGUAUCGUCGCGAAGAAAUGUCCGUACGAGCAAGUUAUCUAUUUGCAUUCACUCCUAUUGCAGGAGCUAUUUCGGGUCUCAUCGCCUACGGCGUUAAUCGGGGUCUGGAAGGUGCUGGGGGCCAUCGUGCGUGGCAGUGGUUGUUUAUAAUCGAAGGCGCGGCAACUAUGAUAUGGGCUUUCGUUAUCUGGGUUGUCCUUCCGGAGAUUCCCGAAAAAGAGCUAGCAAAGAAACGGCCCCUCUGGUUCAAGGAUCCGGAGGAACGACGCCUGAUCGAACAAGUUUUGGGCGCCAAGGUGCAAUUCUGGCAGAUCAAGACAGCCAUCAAAGACAUCAAAGUCUGGAUUAUGGCGUUCAUCGCUGCGACACACGCGACUGGUUUGACCGGAUUCUCUAUUUUCCUCCCGACAUUCAUCCAUGCAUUUGGCGUACCGCCGCUGGUCACACAGCUCUACACCAUUAUCCCAUAUGGCGUGGCCUUCAUCUCACUGAUCGCCGUGACGCGUAUAUCAGACAGGCUGGUCGUGCGAUUCAUCCCUAUGCUUAUUGUUACUGGUGUGGCUAUUAUAGGCUUCAUUAUCAUCCUGGCACAGACAAGACCGGCUGUCGGUAUAUUUGCCAGCAGCGUAGUGACUGCAGCUGUAUAUCCUGGUGUCGCUAUUGUGUCGGGCUGGAUUCCUAGCAGCAACGCCGGCUACACUAAGCGAGCUGCUGCCACUUGGAUCACCCAGAUCUUCUGUCAGGCAUUCAGUAUUCUGGCCAGCAGGAUCUAUAACAAGCCUCCUCGCUUUUUCAAGGGCCAUGGCGUGCUUUUGGGCUUUUUCAUUCUCACCUUCAUUUUGCUUAUUCUGAUGACAUAUUUGAUGAAACGCCACAAUCAAGAGAAAGACACUCUGGCAGCGGAAUUAGAUGCGAGAGGUGAGCGCAACCCGGACGAAAGCAAGAGCCUGGAGGAGCUCUGUGAUCAUCAUCCAUCAUACCGUUACUUGUAUUGA